AUGGAUUCCGACGAGAUUAUGCCUGGGCCCGCUCCAAAUCUGGAUGAGGAUCUUGACGAGAAAUAUCCAAACCGCCCGCAUAAUCACGCCCCAACACUUCCAUUCCACGAGCUAUACUUGAAGCUCUUUGACAACCUCAGUCAAAUUAAGAAGAAGCCAGCGGUAUCAGCUCCAGCCCGAAGGAAAGCUGGGCCCAAUGCAGGCCAUGCCAGCUCGAACCCAUUUGAGCUCCGGCACGAUGUCAUCUCCCGGUUUAUCUCACGAUGGCGCAAAGAAGUCGGCGACGACAUUUAUCCGGCCUUUCGGCUGAUUCUUCCGGAUAAAGACAGGGAUCGUCCGAUGUAUGGGAUGAAGGAAAAAGUAAUUGGCAAGAUGCUCGUCAAGAUCAUGAAGAUCAACAAAGAAUCGGAAGAUGGCUACAACCUGCUCAACUGGAAGCUGCCCGGGCAGUCUGCUGCAACCCGCAUGGCGGGUGACUUUGCUGGACGCUGUCAUGAUGUUUUAUCCAAGCGGCCCAUGCGAACCGAGCCGGGCGACAUGUCAAUUGAAGAAGUCAAUGACAAGCUGGAUAAGCUAUCUGGAGCCUCAAAGGAAGAAGAGCAAACGCAUAUAAUGGCCGAGUUCUAUCGGCGUAUGAACCCGGACGAGCUUACAUGGCUCAUCCGGAUUAUUCUUCGCCAGAUGAAGGUCGGUGCCACUGAACGCACAUUCUUCAAUGUCUGGCAUCCGGACGCCGAGAGUCUGUACAGUAUUUCUAGUAGCUUGAGGCGUGUUUGCUGGGAGCUCCAUGAUCCUAAUAUCCGACUUGAGGCAGAGGAUCGAGGAAUUGGACUCAUGCAAUGCUUUCAACCUCAGUUGGCCCAGUUUCAGAUGCAUUCAUUUGAUAAAAUGAUCCUACGGAUGCGUCCGACAGAGGAUGAUCCCGUAUUCUGGAUCGAGGAGAAGAUGGACGGUGAAAGAUUGCAACUUCAUAUGGCUCCUGAUGAGUCGAUUCAAGGCGGUCGCAGGUUUGCCUUUUGGUCCCGCAAAGCCAAAGAAUAUACUUAUCUCUAUGGAAAUGGGAUCUAUGACGAGAACGGAGCACUGACAAGGCAUCUAAAGGAUGCUUUUGUGGAUGGAGUGCAAAGCGUGAUCUUAGAUGGUGAAAUGAUUACCUGGGAUCCCGAGCAAGAUGCGAUGGUCCCAUUUGGGACCCUGAAGACGGCAGCUUUGGCUGAACAGCGCAACCCGUUUUCGAAUGGACCGCGGCCUCUGUUCCGAAUAUUUGAUAUUCUGCAUCUCAACGGGCGUGAUUUGACAAAAUACACACUCCGAGACCGUCGCAAUGCUUUGCAGAAGACCAUUAAGCCCAUCCAUCGCCGAUUUGAGAUCCUGCCUUAUGAAGAAGCGACCACGGCUGCUGAAAUUGAGACAUGCUUGCGGAGAGUCGUCGCUCAAGCUUCGGAGGGUCUCGUCUUGAAAAAUCCCCGAGCACAAUACCGGCUGAAUGAGCGCCACGAUGACUGGAUGAAAGUCAAGCCCGAGUACAUGACUGAGUUCGGUGAAUCUCUCGACGUGGUAGUCAUAGGAGGCUACUAUGGUCAGGGCCACCGCGGAGGCAACCUUGCUAGCUUUCUCUGUGGGCUACGUGUCGACGACAAUCAUUCAUCUCAGGGCGGUAAUCCCGAGAAAUUCUGGUCUUUCUGCAAAGUUGGAGGUGGGUUUACCGCUGCUGACUACCAGGAAGUACGCCACCACACAGAUGGCAAGUGGCAGAAAUGGGAUUCCAAGAAGCCGCCCACUCAAUUCAUAGAGCUGGCCGGUGGAGAUGCUCAAUAUGAAAAGCCAGAUAUGUGGAUCAAGCCAUCUGAAUCGAUCGUAUUAUGCGUGAAGGCGUCGUCUAUAUCCGUGAGUGACGAAUUUCGCAUGGGAUUGACACUCCGCUUCCCCCGCUUCAAGAAGGUACGGAAAGACAAGAACUGGAAGACCUCGCUAUCAGUCCAGGAAUUCUUGGACCUCAAGUCGAAUGUGGAGAAGGAACAGCGUGAGAAGGAGUUCCAGGUGGACAAUUCUCGCAAGCAGAAGCGUGUCAAGAGAGCAGUGAAGAAGCCUUUGAACAUUGCAGGCUAUGAUGAUAAGGAGAUUGUGCAAUAUGCGGGGCCAUCAGGCCAUAUUUUUGAUGAACUAAACUUCUUCAUUAUGACAGAUGCCGGUGCUCCAGAGAAGAGGUCCAAAGGCGAAUUGGAGCAGCUGGUCAAAGCCAAUGGUGGCAAGGUGUACCAAACAAACACGGCUACAUCAGACACGAUAUGCAUUGCCGAUCGAAGGACGGUCAAAGUAGCAUCGCUGCAAAAGCAUGGUGAUAUCAAUCUCAUCAAACCGUCCUGGGUGCUUGAUUGUGUCAAGCAGAACGAGAAGGAUGCAGGCCUGUCCGACUAUCUGCUUCCUUUUGAACCCAGACACAUGUUCUUUACCAUGGAAAACCGAGAUGAUGAGAUCAAAGUAAAUGUCGAUCGAUUCUCAGACAGCUACGCUCGGGAUACGAAUGUUGAUGAGCUCAAAGAGAUCUUGAAUAAUAUGUCAAAGGACGAGCAAGCAAAUCACACUCUUGAUUCUCGCACAUCGCAAAGAAUAGAGAAUCUCAUCCACGACAAAAUCAAUGCCGGGUACACAGCUCCUUGUGGGUGGCUUUUCCGCCGUUUUACAUUUUUCUUUUUCGCAAAUGAUGCCAGCACCGAGGAAAACCAUUCAAGCUUCAAAACUGAUAAUAUGCGUCUGCAGCUCGCACGAAACACUGCACGGUUUGGGGGAGCAAAUAUCACAACGUCCCUCGAAAGCUCUGAUGUUACUCAUGUCAUUGUAAACCCAGAGAAACUGUCAUCGGGAGAUAUUGCUUCUCUACGAGAGUCUCUGGCUGCAAGACCUGGUAAAAAGGUCCCAUAUCUUGUCAGUGUAGCUUGGGUGGAAGAGAGCUGGACGAAUGGAACAUUGUUGGAUGAAGAGAGAUUUAAUGUUCCUCGAUGA